AUGAGCAAACCUACAAAGAAAGGAGUCUUACAUCAAGCUGUAGUUGAAUAUCUCCUUAUGAAUGGAUGAAAUGAAACUGUAGAUCUCCUAAAUCAAGAAUACCCAAAAGCGAAGAAGGCAAAUGCUAAAAAGAACUAUGAUCAUGGAUCAGUUAAAGCUGCUAUGAUGUCUGCCUUCAAUUCUGGAAACUAUGAAGAGUUUUUCAGACUUUGGAAUAGGUUCAUUCCGAUUGGUAUCAGAGAGAAUGACAGAGAAGCAGUAAAGCUUGAUUUCUACAUUCACAUUUAUUUCACUAUUUUUAAUUUACACCCGAUGACAAAGAAAUCAAGUGUUGGAGUACAGAAGGAAUUUAAAAAGAGGAAGGAAUGGUUUAGACUCUAUCUGGAUACAAAAGGAAAGGACCUCUCAGAGACUUCUGAAUUCCUUGCCUAUUAUGCUCUUCCAUACAUUGGAAACCCAAUCGAUCAUCCUUCAUUCAAAAGUAUGUUUAGUGGGAAAUGGCUGAAACAAAUAGUGGCUCAUACUGAAUCUUUUGUAUCUGACAACAUAAUGAAAGAUCCAAAAUCUAAGCUACAAUCUUACCAUGCUGCUUACAAGAAGGUGAUGAAAGAAGAAGGAGAGGAGUCAAUAGAAGCAGCUGUUGAGAUAGACCAACUUUCCGAACAACUUAUUAAUGAAAGAAGGAAAUUUCUAGAAACUAACGCUCAUCUCAAGAAAGUCAGAAAUAUUCUUCUAGCUAGUCAGACCAAGUGGAGUGGGUUUUCACAAAAUUUGUUAAAGAUCGCCGAAGAUUUUUAUUUCAUUAUGGAAAAAUUUAAGGUCACAGAUCAGGUCGACCAGAAAUGGCUAAUGGAGAAAGUGACUAAGUUAUCAAAAUACAAGAAUUAUUUAAUGGCUCUACAGAAUGAGAAAGAUGCUAAUACAAGCAGGAUGGACCCUUCAAGAGUCAAUAGUGCAGUUUAUCAGCCAAGACCUCCUGAGACUGCUCAUGAUGAGUCAAUAGAUCCAACUGCUCCUGGUGGUAAUGCUUCUUUUACAGAUUCAAAAUCUGGAAGCUAUGUGACUUAUUAUCAAAAUCAGGAUAAUUUAUAUCAGCUCAAAUAUGAUCCAUCACAAGAUGAUAGAAUUGCCCAUGGCUACUACGAAGGACAACCUGUAGAAAUGAAUCCUGAUGAUGAAGACCAGAUAUCUCUUGCUCCUCUUGAUUAUAACAAAAUAAAGAUGUUUAUCUUCCACUUACAGGAAGAAGUAAAGGUAUGAAUUACCCUUCAAGCUCUCAAACAAAGAAUCUCAAGGUCUCGAAAUGGAAAUCAGAGGAAACAUGUGCUGUUUGCUUUUGAAGAGUAUGAUAUCUUGGGAUGUAAGAGCCAGGAGGAUCAGAACCUCCUCAGCCUGCUUGAAUCAUCUCCAAGCAUAAAGCUCUAUACAGUCUUGCUCAUAGACAGUUUGGUUAACGAAAGCAUAGGUAAGAAGUACAUCUCAAAACAAGAUGGAUUAAUUGAGAAAUUAUUUGAAAUCAUGCAAAACGAAGAAGGAGAAACUCCUCUAAGAACCUCUACUUUAGUGGUAUUCCAAAAGUUAUCUCUCGGAAGAGAGGCCCAAAGUAAGAUGAUCAACCUUGAUGUUAUCAAAUGGACUGUUGAUAAGCUGAAGGUUGAGGGUCAGAUUUUGAACAGUUACUCUCUCGAAUAUGCAUUCGCAUUACUCAUGAAUUUAUCUCUACGAACACAAGGAAAAAGAAAAUUUGAAGAACUCCACAGUGACGCUCUCAAUGUCCUCAAUGAGUUCUUAGAACAUGAGAACUCUGAAGUUAGAACUUAUGUGAACGGUACAUUGUACUGUAUUCUUGAACGACCUAAGAUUAGAGAAGAAGCUAGAUCUCUCAAUAUGGACGAGGUCCUCAGAAUUCUCAGCAAGAAAUUCGAGCCAAGAUUCAAGAGACAGAUUGAUUACAUCCUUGACCAGCUUGAGGGAGACAAGGAAGGAGAAGGCGAAGGAGAAGCAGAUAUCAAAGAUGAUAAUUCCUCUGAUGCUCUUGAUGGCAACAGUGAAGAAGGCGAAUUUGCAGAUGUGGAAUCUAUUGAUUCUGAAGGAGACGACUACAGUAAUUAUGAGGAUGAAGAGGACGACUUCAGCAAAAUUCCUCUGCAAGGAGAAGAAGCUGAGAUGUUCCCCAGAGGAGAAAAAUGGCUCAUGCAAGAAUUCUUACUCGAUGACAAUGAAGAAGCCAAUAAACAGGAUAUGAUCUUGUAUUCAAAAGUUGAAGAAUAUAAUGAAGAGAGAAGAAGGAGAAGGGAAAUAAUGGAAAAGAAGAGAAUGGAAGAGUCAAUGACUUCAUCAAGAGAUCAAGAUGCCCAUCUUGACAAACCACAUAUGAGACCUCUCACUCCCAGCAAAGUUCCUUCACAAAAGUAUAAGGAUAAAGCAAGCGUUUUCGAGCCAGAUUCAAGUAGUAGGAAUAUGGCUUCGGACAUUAGUAGAUCAAGAUAUGAGAUGCAAAGAACUCCUCCUGACCGGGAUGUUCGAGUAAGAGAAGCAUUGUCUCCUCUUAGUAGAAAUCAACAUUCAGUUAGUUCUCCAGCAAAAUCAAUGAAAGCUUCUGCUCCAAUGGAGGCUUCUUUUGAAAGAAAAGAAGAGGAGAAAGAAGAAAAGGAGGAGCAUGGAAUUUACAUUGACCAUAAUGAAGAUAAGCAGAUAAUCCCAAAAGAAGAGAAUCUCCAAGAUCAGAAUCAAAAUAAAAAGGAAAACGAUGAAAAACUAAAAGACCCUGAAAAGCAAGCAGAACAUCAAGAAGCGUUCACUGGUAAGGACAAAAUCCGUAGGACGCCUCCUAAGGAGUCUAAACUCCGAUAUCUUCGGGAAAAGAAGAAGAAGAUGCAGCAGAAGCCACAUUUGUACAAAUAAGGCAUUGUCUAACUCAAUUUAUUCUUCUCUAAAA